AUGCGUGGAUUGCAGGAUUCAUUCGUCUCUAACACGGGAUCGGAGAACUCGUUUCGCUCUAAACUGACAUGCUGUCUCGCUACUAUCAAACUAAUUCCUGCCUUCAGAGCACAUUUUAUAUCUGCCAGAUUGUACGGAAUUGACCUCAACAAGACAUCCAAAAAGGAAGUUCCAGAGUCCCAGGGGGUCAUCAGUGGGACCGUAUUCCUGAUAAUCCUGUUCUGCUUCAUCCCAGUGCCUUUCCUUAGCUGCUUUGUUGGAGAUCAGUGUAUGGGGUUUCCUCACGAUGAGUUUGUGCAACUCAUUGGUGCACUUCUGGCCAUUUGCUGCAUGAUCUUCCUGGGGUUUGCUGAUGAUGUUCUGAACCUGCGAUGGAGACACAAGCUUCUCCUCCCCACCAUGGCAUCUUUGCCUCUACUUAUGGUUUAUUUUACCAAUUUUGGCAAUACUGUCAUUGUGGUACCUAAACCAUUCAGGGUUCUGCUUGGACUUCACUUAGAUCUGGGAAUUCUUUACUAUGUUUAUAUGGGAAUGCUGGCAGUUUUCUGCACAAAUGCCAUAAACAUUCUAGCUGGCAUCAAUGGCAUUGAAUCAGGCCAAGCUCUGUUUAUUGCUGGCUCCAUCAUUACAUUUAACUUUCUGGAACUCACUGGAGACUAUGGUGCUGACCAUGUUUUCUCCUUGUACUUCAUGAUGCCAUUCUUUUUCACCACAUUAGGACUGUUUUAUCACAACUGGUAUCCCUCAUCAGUAUUUGUGGGAGAUACUUUCUGUUACUUUGCCGGAAUGACUUUUGCUGUUGUGGGAAUCCUUGGUCACUUCAGCAAAACGAUGCUCCUGUUUUUUAUUCCCCAAGUAGCAAAUUUCAUAUACUCGCUUCCUCAACUUUUUCAUAUAAUUCCCUGUCCAAGACAUAGACUCCCCAGAUUAAAUCAAGACACAGGAAAACUUGAUAUGAGUUACUCUAAAUUUAAAAGUAAAGACCUCUCCAAAUUGGGUCAUCUAAUUAUAAAGAUUGCAGAGUUACUGAGAGUUCUUGAAGUAAGAAGGGAAAAGAAAGACGGGGAUGAUUAUAUUGAAUGCAACAAUAUGACGAUAAUAAAUCUGGUGCUAAAACUACUUGGUCCAACGCACGAGAGAAGUCUCACAGUCAUCAUGCUUAUUAUUCAGGUCAUAGGAAGUGUUGUGGCAUUCGGCAUUCGUUAUCAUCUGGUCCAAAUGCCGCCGAAAAAACGAAAUCGCAAAUCGCCUCUAGUCUUGGAGUGUGAGUGGGGUCUUUGCCAAGAAGUCUUCCAUGAAAUGGAGGCUUUCUGUAAACACGUUGAAGAUCACAUGCACACUUUGAACACCACAGAAGAGGAGGCUGCUGAGGGAGUUCACAGCUGUCUCUGGAGGGAGUGUGGCUUCUGCUCCUCUGAAGGUCUGGAGGAGCUGAGGAGACAUGUGUUUUUUCACAGUUUCCACACCAAGUUAAAGCAGCUGGGUCAACAAGUGCUUGAUACCCAACCAGAGCUUAACAAAUGCACCAUUGGAAUGGGGAGAAACCUAAUUCCUGAUAUACCUGACAAUUUUGUCUGCUUGUGGGAAGAUUGCGAGCAACAAUCAUUUGAAAAUCCAGAAUGGUUUUAUCGUCAUGUUGAGAUGCAUAGUUUGUGUGUAGAUGUUCCAGCAGGUGACUGUGAGUUUUCAGUACGCUGUGGAUGGAAAGAUUGUGAAGCUACUGCCAAAGGGCGCCCUAAACUCAAAGAGCACCUUCGUAGUCACACACAAGAGAAGAUAACCGCUUGUCCAGGCUGUGGUGGCAUGUACGCCAGUAAUACCAAACUAUUUGACCACAUCAUGAGACAGAGUGCUUUGGAAGGACUGGGUAGAUUUCAGUGUUCCCAUUGUUCCAAACGUUUUGCCACAGAGCGGCUACUGAGAGAUCACAUGAGGAACCAUGUGAGCCAUUACAAAUGCCCUCUGUGUGAUAUGACUUGUCCAACACCUUCAUCCCUACGUAACCACAUAAAGUAUCGCCACAGCACAGAGAAACCAUACAGUUGUGAAUACUGCGAGUACAGCUGCAAGAAUCAAGUGGACCUUCGUAAACACCUGGACAGCCACAGCAGUGAACCAGCAUUUCACUGCGAUGUUCCUGCUUGUGAUUUCACCUCUCGCUCAUUCUCCACCAUGAAAAAGCACCACAAAAAAGAGCAUCAGGGAGACUUUAUUGCUCGUUACAAAUGCCAUGUGUGCGAACAGUGCUUCACCAGAGGAAACAACUUGACCGUUCAUCUACAUAAAAAACAUCAAUUCAAAUGGCCAUCUGGACAUCCACGUUUCAGAUAUAAAGAGCACGAAGACGGCUUCAUGCGACUCCAGUUGAUUCGUUAUGAAAGUGUGGAAUUGACCGAGCAGCUGAUGAGGGAGAAGCACAAACAGCAUUCCGAUGACGAAGGCCUCGUGGGGGAGCAGGUGGAACUCAGGGGGGUGGUGGUAGAGGAGCAAAGGCCAGAGGACGAGAGCUCAGAGGAGGGCAUGCUGUACGUGCUCUCGGAUCUAUCUUCAGGGGACAUGGCCGUCAUACUGCCUUUGUCAGACUCUACACAGGAACCAGGACUGACUGACUGGACUGGAAAGGAGGAAGGUAGUGGUGAGAUUGAGUGGAUACCUCAACCAGAAUUCAAAGACUACACUUAUUGGUCUGGCACUGCUCCCAUCUGUGUAGGAGGAUGUCGAGCUCGGCAUCAGGAGGUCAGAAGGGACCAGUGCGGAGACUCCAGUUGCUGCUGGAUUGGAUACAAGUCAUUAUGUCGAGUAAAUUGUGGGAGGCCAUCUGUGGACUAUAAUGGAGCUGCGUAUGGUAAUGACUGGUGGGUGGGCUCUGUGGUGCGCUACACAUGCCGCCCUGGCUUCCUUUUGCUGGGAAACUCAACCAGAAGUUGCCUCCCUAAUGGUCUGUGGACUCCCAAACCAUCCUGCCUCAGGAUGUGUAAAAAAGGACUCAUUGAAAUCAGUGAAGCAGAGUUAAAUGGGACAUGCUCCUCCACAUGUGCCUAUAAGAGCUACUAUGGUCCUCCGAAACAGGGGUGCACCCGCAUCGACAACUGUAAGAAGAAGGAAACUGGCUGGAAGCGUUUCUUUGCACAGUGUGUCCCUUGUAUUUGUGACUGCUCGCUAUCAUGUGCAACAGCAGGAUAA